GUAUAAUUUUUUUGUCCAAUGACCGUUUCCUUCACCCCGCGAUCCUCGCAAUUGCGUAUACGCUAUUUACCAGUAUAAUUUCUCUGUCACGGGCUUCGCAGUGGGUAGGUAAUGCAAGAGUUGAACACCGACAUCGCGGGCUUUGCCUGCUCAACCAACUGCUGCUGCGAGCUCGGAACGUCGGGAUUCCUGGCCUACGCGUGCAUUCGUUUGAAUAAAUUCUCAGCGCAACUAGAAUUGUUAUUCCGGCCUUAGUUCUGUGAAACCAGCUAUAAGCUGCUGUAUGUAAACGCAACGCAUGCACUUGUCGCCCGCGAACGCCGGUCCUAAAGCCUUUCAGUCGAGUCCUGACUAGACUCACUUAAAUCUUCGGAGGAUUGUCCUCCGCUGAUGGUCCCGUUAAACGUACGUACGUGGAGUCUUUCCUGCCAGGCAGUAUCGAAUUCACCGCGGAAUAAAGGAUAUACCGGCAUUACAACUAUCGGUGUUGCGGUGAUAAAGUUUAUUUUUCUCGUCUCUUGUGCUCCUGCAUUGCAGGUUCAGAUGGAACAAAUCUCCUACAUAUCCCAACCACACCGAGAGGGGGCAGAAGAUAGCGCGGAAAUGGGGCUGAAGCGUUGCGCGGUUGAAAGCGGAGUGCAGGUCGAUGCGGUGAGCGGAAAAUUCUAUUGAAGUAGAAAGACAAAAAAAAAAUACCUUAAAAGACAAAGAAAAAAACAAUGAUGACCGCCAUGGCUAGACUCCCGUGCAAGCAAACCUUGCCGUCGCAGCAAUCGGGUGUCAAUAGCUUUGGCACCAGGGGAUACUGGGACACGCAGGUCAUGCAGCCGACUCAAACGGCCCAAACGAAUCAGCAACCCCAGCUGGCGACCACCCUCUACGUCAGAAGUAACCGUCACCAGGGUGAUUACGCGGGAAAGAGGAAAAGCGCCGUAGAGCUGCUUCAAGAGUCCAAGGCGUUUUACGUGAAGAGCGAAACGGUUUUGGAUAGGAAACAGGAGCUGAAAAACAGCGGUCACCUUCAAGUUUCACAGUUAACCGCGCCCGGGGCACCACCGCGACUUUUGCGGAAGUGUAGCAACGCCGGAACCUGUACCAUUCAACCAACUUCUCCACAACUUCCAACACCGCUGACACCCCCGUGUUGUUGGUCUAAUUGUCACGACCAGGAUAGACCUGACGGAUUAUUGAGCCCACAAAGAUCGCUGCCACCGCCGACGUUGCCGCCGAAGAGUCCUCGACUAGUCCCAGUCCCUCAAAGACGCACAAUAUCCGGUCCCCCCAGUGGCAACGGAAGUGACCAGUUGCAAACGAAGCUUAGAAGGCUUCUAAACACUGAUAGCAAAGAGAAUGUUUUCUUCCCCGAUACGGCACCACCACCGUCGCCACUGGCUCAAGGGAACAGAGUAGCUGCAAGAGAAGACAAGUUCAGAUAUUCACCCGGAGGUCCGGCAUCCGUCAGCUGCAGAGAAGAUGACCGCAACUUGCAUGGGGUACCACUUGAUAUUUGCUUCAAAUUUGGUAGAAGCAAUUCUCAUUCCCAUUCGUCCGGAAGGUCUGGAAAAAAAUCAAGCAAUUCGUCGCCUGCUGAAACAACCGUAUGUCAUAAGUCACUUCCUGAUCUUCACUGUACCAGUACAAGAAGUCGUGCAUCCCUAUCUCCACAUUCGUCAUCAAAGUCGUCCUCUAAACCAUCAGCGUCUGGGCAACAACAAACGAUUAAUAACUGCCCAGAUUGUGAAACUAGCUCAGAUUAUUCGGAACAUAGCUUCAAACGAGAUGCCAGCUGCUACCAAAGUUCUAGGCAUAUUAAACGGUCUUUGGGGUCAGGAGGUGGAGAUGCAAGUAGCGUGUUGUCGUCUGGUGGUCGAACACAGAAAUCUUCAGGAUCAAGCAAAUUGAGUCAUGGAGCAACAGCGAGAGAUUCUGGUGGCUCUUCUGGUCACUGUACUCAUCGUAGCGAGCCUCCACCUAGAAUUCAAGACUGCUGGAGUCAUAUUCGUAGAGACAGCGGAGCUUCGACACAACAUUCCACAGAAAAAGAUAGAUCAAGAAAAAGUAGUUAUGAAAGUUGCACGCCGCAAUCUAUGGUGAGACCAUACACACCAGACUCAGAAAGCAGUAAUAGUCAAACAGAUUUCAGCCCAACACGAAACUCAAGGUUUUCAGAUAGUUGGAAAGAAGAAAGGGGCAGACCAAUAUUGCGAUCGAAGUCGGAUAUCAGCGACCGCUACUGGCGACAUGACAACAUUCGUUCAAAUAAAUCAACACAUCCAACUCGUUCAGUUGCACAGCUUGAAAUUUUUUUCGACCGUCUCGGCCUAGAUUCGGACAAUUAUCAUCGCAUUACAGAUCCAGAUUCAAAGUCCUCUUCCCCAGUUUUCUUUGACAGUGUUAGUUCCGUCGAUUCUGCACUGGGACUGUACUCAUGGGCUGGUAACAAUCAAACAAAUCAGUGGCAAAAUAACAAUUGCAGCAUUGGAAGAGGAGGAAAUGACGAUUGCAAUCAGAAGCCAAGUGAUCCACCGAGUAUAGUGGAACGUAAUGCCAGGAUCAUUAAAUGGCUUUGCCAAUGUCGGAAAGUGCAAUUUGGCUACAGUUAAACCAGUCGAUGGCCAAUUUUUUUAAAAAGUAACUCCAAAUUUUGCUAUUUUCCACUUUUUUUUUAAAAUACAUUUUGCAUGUGAUAGCUGAUACUCUAUUCGAUUUAGGUGAGUAACUUACAUUCCAGAAUAGCGAAAAACUGAAAUGAAUUAUAGUUAUCUUGCUCCUUUAUCUCCUAACAGAAUAUGUAGACUUCUGUCAACAUUUAGUGUGAGCUUUGACUUCAGAUAUCAAUGACCCAUUUGACGAUUCCCUAGUUUAUAGAGUUUUAUUAAAAAUGAAUCGUUUGCUUAUUAUUGCAUAUAUAUGUAUAAAGAAUAUUUUUAAAUGGUGUUUCAGAAACACACGUGCCAUUUUCUUUGUAAUUUUGAUUAGUCAGAAAAUUUUGACCCUGCAAUAUAUUCCUAAGUGAUUACCUAGUGGAGAGUGGAGGAUUUUCGUUCAACUUUAAUUUGUAUGUAUGAUAAUUAGGGCCUAUAAUUCAUUUCGAUAAUUCGGCAACCUCUAUGACUGGAUACAUAUUCAUUAACCGUUGCCUUUCUUAGUUUAUUUAUCUAUUAAAUAGAUACGUUAUUGAAAUUCCUAAUUUCUCAAAGCUGUUACACGGUGUAAAUACUGUUUCAUUUUUUUUAAAGACGCAGCCGAGGUUAUGCGUUUUAUUCUUCAUUAAUUGCUCCCAUCUGCCAUCAAUCUUCGCUUUCGAAGUGCAUAUAAAAAGUUCAGUUGGGCCAAUAAUGUAGCUCCUUAUAAUGACGAUAUUCAAUAAUUGAAAUUGGAUUGAUCAGAUUUUUUUCAAUUACCAAGGAUUACCAUCAAUGUAGUACAGCUUUUACAUUCUUUCUGAUACAUUUAAGGUCACUAGUGUGUAGUCUGCUGCCACUUGUUUAACAUGAGAAGCAGAUGCCAUCAGUGGCUUUUGGGUAUAUGAUUAUCGUCAAUAUCUCUCGGCUGUAUCUGUAAGUUCCUCAGUUUAUUGCAUUAGUUUUAAAUAUUGUGACAAACAACUCAAAAAUAAUGCCUUCACUUGCUGGUGUUAAAUACCGCAAAUAUACAACACACUCAAAUAACGUUUACGAUCAAAUUUUUUUUGACGGAACAGUGAUCUAGUAGUGAAUUCAACGUAUAGAAAUUGCAUAAUAAUUGAAGACUUGAAUUGAUCGAGGCUGUAAGUAAAAAAACCCUUUUAACAAACAUUAACUUGGGGCUUUUCUUAAUGCAAAUCUUCAGUAAUUUGAAUGAUGCGUACUUAAGUAGAUGUAGAUAAGAUUAUACUCUAUUAAUUCUCAGAAAUUUAAUGUGUUUACAAAGAUUAUGUGGUGCAACAUAUCUCGUGUACAUAUUCUGGGACAAUUAUGUCUUGAAUAUUCAGUCAUCAAUGCAUGAUGUUGAUAUUAAUUCAUAAUCAGAAUAUUGGUAAUAAUCGAUAACCUGAUUAGUAUGAUCAUUAUUGUAUUCCAGGUGCAUUAAUAUGCAGUGAGCAUAUUUUUUGUUUGUGAGAAUUUGGCAUUUUUCAAUUAAUGGUGAAAUAGAUAAUUAAUCAACAUUCUUUAGAAAUUAUCUCACUCAGCAGCCGUUGCAUUGAUCAAAAUUUUUCGUAGCGUUAUACGUAUAAUUCAUUUUGGCGUGUUCAAAUUUGUGUCUUAAAAAGUACGUAUCUAUCUGACAAUUUAAUUAUUUUAUGCUAGCAGGUUUAACAAUAAUCUGUACACUGCAUUUAAAUGUCCUCUUGAAAUAGACAUAGACUUAUGAAAUUAGUCAAUAUAUAUUGUUCUGCAAUUAAGUAGUAUGUAUGCGUAACAAGCUCUUACGACCAUUUAUAGUAAUCGAGACUUGAGAUAGAUUUGAAAAAAUUGUAGUUACUGUAUUUCCGCCAACUCGUCUUCAUUCGAUACAUACAGUUGGCAGAUAUUAUUAACGUAUUAUGAAAUAAUAGAUAAUGUUAAAAAUUUGAGAUUUUCAUCUUUCUAUAUUUAAAUAGUGUUCUGAAAAAAAAAAAUAUAUAUACACACACGCGCGCGCACACACACACACACACACACACACAAUUAUUUAUAUACGUAUAUGUAUAUAUAUAUAUCUAUAUUACGUAUAGAGAUUAGUCAAAAUGUUCGUCAGAUUAGAUCGGACAGAAUAAUUAUUGUAAAAAAGAAUGGAGUUCGAAAUUUCUUAGAAAAUGUUGACCAAAUACUUGUUAGACAAAGGUUUCGAAAUGUCUCUUAGAGUUGUUUUACGUGAAAUUUACAAAUCGGUUACUGUUUGUUGAAGGAGAGAUGUGCAGCUCUCUGAAUUUUGUUAAUAUUUGUAUCAAAUAAUUUAAAUCCUUAUGUAAGAUAGACUCAAGAAUCGUAUCCAGAGUAUUUAUACUAUUCGAUUAUUGUGUGCUUGCACCAACACCCCAAAAAGAACCUUCAAAUUUACAUAUAAUGUAAGCAAUGUUUUUGAAAUAUAAGUGACCGUUAUUGAAUAUAAUUUUGGUAUGAAGUAUUUGUAUCAAGUAUUAUGUUUCUAAAUAUUUUAUCCGUAUUAUAGACUUAAUAUGUUGCGAUGUGGAAAUUAUUUUGUGCAACGUUAUUUGUUGAACGUUCCUUCACAAAAUUUGAAUAGAAUGUCGUUGGUUGCUGCAAACCGAGAUUCAUACAAAACCGCAUAAAGAUUGAAUUAUUCCAUAAAUUACGUAAUACUUGCUGUUUAAUAAAUCACAUACACUGCCACUGUGCACAAAACUCAAAAAUAAGCUGAAUAUCUUUUACCUACUGAUUAUGAAGUAUAAUAUUUAAGGUUGUUACAUUCAUAAAGUUUUAAUUGCUUUUUGAUGCUCUAAUCUUGUACAGUAAAGCGUAUUAAUGACUUAUUAAAUAAUGUUACAGUUAUUCUGCCGUAUAUACGCUCCAUAAUCUGCUGCCGAAGUUGCAUUCAUUUUAGUGUAGUAAAUAUUGAAGUGCACUUUUGAAAUUCUUGUAGUUCAAAGCACUAAUAUAAUAUGGAAGUUUCAGAUAUGAAAAAUUGAAUUUUGUGGUUCUGAAACAGGGUAAAAAUGGAAUCUGAAAAUUAUAAAUAUUAAUCAUAUACUUACAAAUACAAAGGGUUCAAUAUGUUUCACAUUUAUCCUAACAUUAGUUAACCCACAAGUUAAUUUUUCAUAGUUUGAACACUUUGUAUGGUACAACCUUGGUAAAUAAAUAAACAGUCUGUGUUUUACAAUUCUGAAAAAAUAUUUUUUUGAUUACGAUAUAUUAUUCUUCAUUUUAAUACGAUUGCCAGCAUGACCGGGUCGAAACCUUCGUAUAAUUAUAUAUUAUGGAGUUUGGAAUAUUGUAAUUAUAAUUGUGAAUUUUCUUAUUUCAUGGGAUAUGCAAUUCAUUGUACAAGUAUGAAGUUUCAUAUAUGCAGUUUUAUUUAGAUUAAAACUGUAACAUCUGUGUUUAUAACAAAGUUAGAACUUGAAACAUUUUAUAAAAAUACAAAUAUAUUUUUGUCUAUAACUCCAGUUAUAGUUAGUUGUCAUUACAGUAAAAACAUGAAAUUCGUGAUGGCAUGAACCUGCUUAUCGUCGAUCAAAUAUAUUUUCAUUGUGUUUAUUCAUCUUCCGCUAGCAUUUAAUGCAACAUACAUUACUUGUGGUAACAUAAAAAAUAUGAACGGAUAGCAAAUGACAUUAUAACUGUUUUUGAUCUGACCUAUUGAUAUUACGUUCUGGUGGAUAUAUGUCAUUGAAUAGGUUCUUCUACUUUUAAGUUUCAUGUUUGACUGUAAUAUUUAAAUAUAAUAGGUAUUUAAUAUAGGUAUUUUUAAAUAUAAUACAGAUAUUUACAAUGUCUUAGACCAAAUUCCACUGGCGUAUACUUCUGUAACAGAAUGUUGUUGCACCUCGUAUGAUUCAAGGGCAAUGAAACUAUGAGGAUAAUAUGCAAUUAAUCAAAAUAUUUAAUGAGAAUAUAUGAUAAUAAAUAAAAACCAUGAAUGAAAGGGUUUAUAUUACCACAGCAAAAUAAAUUUGAAUUAACUAAUCAAAUUAUGAUAAAAUCUAAUGUACGGAGAGUUUUAAAACUACUCACAGUAAUAGCUGCUAGAACAAAACUGAAUAUUAACAUAAUGUAGCCAAUACUAGAAAAAAAAACUUCGUUUAAUAAACUUAAAAAUAUGGGAAAUACUACAGAAAUGUCUGUAAGGAACUUUAGUAAUGUACUUCGUUGGGCUACAUCAAUUUCACUGAUCGCGAAAUACAAAGAUUAACAAUGGAAUUAUUCUAUUUCUCAAUUUUCAUUCAUAUAGGUUUUAGGUAUGUUAUCCGACUUUAGUUUAACUUGGUUAUCGGAUAAUUAUUUUUUAGUAAUUGCAUAACUAUCUACAAGUUCUUAAGAUUACGUAUUUUCGUGCAAUUCAUGACAUCUUUUCGUUGCAUUGCUGAUUAGUAAUGAGGAAAAGAAGUGAUCAGUCUGGUUUAUAUCAAGAUGAGUCAGUUAAUAGUAUGAUACAGCAGAGUGUCUGGAAAGUCGUAAUAAGUAAGUUCGGAAAAGUUUCCUCUGUGAAAAGUCAACAUAUAAAAUUCUGAUCUGAUUUCCCAAGGUGCAUACGUUAGGGUAGUCCUUAAAAAGGUCAUUUUUGCAUUUCCCUAUUUAAAAUAUACAUGUUUCGGACACAUUCGUAGUAUAUAUUUAACAUGUAUAUUUUUAACGGGGAUAUCCAUCCUGUUGGCGAGAGUGGUUAGAGUUGAGGUAAAAAUCUUAAAAAAUUAGGGAGAUAUUUUUGAAUUAUUUGGAGCUGAUAUCUGGGGUAGGCGAGUAAUGAUUCAGAAAUGACCUUUUUUAAAGACCACCCUAGUAUAUAUGCAGGGAUACAAAAUUACAAAAUGGAAGUUGAUAUUACGACUCUUGACUUUCUUUCGCCGCAUCUACGCAUCGUAAAACAAUACCCAACACACAUUCAUAUCUACUGCUCCUCAGAGUAAGAACUUAACACUAUCCUGGAAAAGUUGCGAGUUACACUUUUAUAAGCUGCAUGUUCAGUAUAGGUAAUUACUAACUAUCCUUGCGGAUCACGUUCUUACAGUCAGGAAUGGUCGAUAUCUUGAAUUUU